AUGAAUGGUGUUUCCGUUGCGGCCAGUGUUGUAGGCCUGCUCCAACUCGGCCUCCAGGUCUUCCAGACUCUUAUAGAUUUCUACUACGCCUACAAGAACCAAGACACAGACGUAUCAAGAGCUUCAGAAAAGCUUCAAGGUCUUGCAGUGCUUUCCACGUUACGCUUCAAAAACGCACUUUUCGGGCCGAUGAACAAGACCUAG